UGUACGUCAGUUUGCCCGCCGCCGUUCUCGUCUUCGUUUUGCAUAACCGUUGUGCAUUUCGGGCGCCCGCACCAUACGUGGAUUCAACAAACACUCAAUGUGGCGUUGAGUUUGGAAGGUUAUGGAUUGAAGUUUCGGGGUGUGGCAUCGUAUUCGGCGGUCCGGGAAACGUUACGGGACGCGGUGCCGGUGUGAUGCCGCGCUGAAGUGCGCCGCACGCGCGCGACAAUCGCCGAGACUCGGUACACACGAGAUCUCCCUCGGCCGUCAUUUUUUUCGUGGACGCGAAUGAAGGCUGUCGACCGUCGCCCGCGAAAAGAGUGUUCACGCACGAUUCCGAAUCGGCGUUGACGUUGAUACGCGUGGUCGAUGCGUUAGAAGUCGAGACGAAAAACGAACGCGCGAAUUAUGAUCGGGACUUUCUCAAAUCGCUCCGUGCACUGACACGCACGAAAAUCGCGGUGUCCGGUGCGUACGCGUUUGACGCAAGGUAGUCUGGUCGCCACGGGGACGAGGUCCAUGAGAUCACGUGUAACACACUCGACGUGGGAUGUUGAGCGCUGUCACCCCCACUCAGCCCCACGAAUACACCGAGAUGUCUCGGUUAGCCGACUACUUCGUAGUGGUCGGCUACGAUCACGAGAAAGAAAGAGGUGGUGUAAGUAGUGGGAUAGUAUUGCAACGAUUUCCAGAAAAAGACUGGCCCGACACACCUUUCAUUGAAGGAAUAGAAUGGUUUUGCCAACCCCAAGGAUGGGCUUUAUCAACAGAGAGACAAGAACCCCGCUUCUUUGUCUCAAUACUGACGGAUGUCUAUGCAAACCGACAUUAUUGUGCCUGCAUGUGCUUCAAUGAAACAGUGUCGAUUGUGCCAAGUAAACCCGUAGACGAGGAGGAGGAUCCAGUAGAUGGUGACAGUCGCCCCCUGGUCAGGGCAAUACCCGCUAUCGCACAUCAUAGCAUUAUGUACGCACCUAAAUGUCUGGUGCUGGUUUCCAGACUCGAUUACAUAGAAACAUUUAGAAACUGUCUUGGUAUUAUUUACACAGUGUACGUGGAAAAUUUUGGUAUACCGUUAGAAACAUUAGUCGGAAAUAUAUUAGGAUGUAUUCAAGUACCUCCUGCGGGUGGGCCUCAGGUGCGAUUCAGCAUCGGAGCAGGCGAUCGUCAAGCGCUUCAGCCACCGAUUAGCCCUUCUCUUCCUAUAACUCAUACUAGUGUAAAUUUAUUAUUUCAGCAACUAGGUAUUCGUAAUGUGCUAGUAUUAUUUUGCGCAGUCAUGACAGAACAUAAAAUACUUUUUCACUCUGCCAGUUACUCUCGACUGACCGAAGGGUGUCGCGCCCUGACGGCUUUAAUGUAUCCAUUUCGAUACUCGCACGUUUACAUUCCUCUUUUGCCAGCGGCUUUAGUCGAAAUACUCAGCACUCCGACUCCAUUCAUCAUGGGCGUGCAUAGUUCGUUAAAGCAUGAAGUUGCAGAACUUAUGGAUGUAAUAGUCGCCGAUCUGGACGGAGGCUCCAUAAUGGUUCCCGAUGGCGUUUCACUCUCUUUACUACCGGAACCGUUACUCUCGCAGACGCAAGACGCGUUGUCCCUGGUGUUGCAACCGGAAUUAGCAUGUGCCGAUUACGCUUUUCCUCCACUCGCUACCAGAGCACCACACUCGCCAAUGCUCGACAAAGAACUCAGGGCGGUGUUCAUGCGAACCUUUGCUCAAUUGUUACAAGGAUACCGAAGUUGUCUAACGUUGAUACGAAUACACCCGAAACCGGUCAUAACCUUCCACAAAGCAGCGUUUCUAGGCGAGAGAGGCUUAACGGAUUGUGACUUUACUACGAGGGUUUUAGAUUGCAUGUUUUUUACGUCUUUCAUUGCGGAGAGAGGUCCACCAUGGCGACCUUGCGACGUGUGGGAUGAAUUAUAUAGUAACUUGAGCGAUCAACUGAAGCAGGAAACGCAAGAUCAUAGAAUAAUCCUGACGCACAUUCAGGAGCUGGCUCAGCAACUCUACAUGAACGAGAAUCCGAAUCCUCAGCCGUACGUGCAAAAGAUCCUGAAGCCUCCCGAGGGUGCAUUCGCGAGAAUUCAUCAACCUCUCUUACCACGUAUCAACACGGAACAAGUGCAAGCGAUCAUCGAUGAAGGCCUCGCGAAGAAUAAUCUCAAGGUCAGAUUGACGUCCAUACGGCCAAUUCAUCCUCGCAUCGUACCGAUGGGCCCGCAUAUCUCGUUCGUUCACGACACCAGACAUCUAGUCAGCAACUCAGCUCGCAGGCUGGAAGUAUUGCGUAAUUGUAUCAACUGCAUAUUCGAGAACAAAAUCUCAGAUGCUCGCAAGACGUUUCCUGCUGUGCUGCGGGCGCUGAAGAGCAAAGCCGCACGUUUGGCACUCUGUAUGGAGUUGUCUCAGCAUGUGGUGGGCAACAAGGCCAUGCUGGAGCACCAACAAUUCGAUCUGGUGGUGCGUCUGAUGAACUGUGCGCUGCAAGACGACUCAUCUAUGGACGAACACGGAGUCGCUGCCGCGUUGUUGCCGCUCGCCACCGCGUUCUGCAGGAAGUUGUGCACCGGCGUUAUACAGUUUGCGUACACCUGCAUCCAGGAACAUCCGGUGUGGCAAAAUCAGCAGUUCUGGGAGGACGCGUUUUAUUUGGACGUGCAGAAGGACAUCAAACGUUUGUAUCUACCAGGCGACAAUUCGCCUCCCAGACUGAUAAACGACACUAUCCUGAGCCCCAUCAGUCCACGCGACGGGAAAGAGUUCCCGUAUCGAGAUCGAUACUCCAUUUAUCAGGCUCAAGAACCAUCUGCGCUGGAGAUUGCCGCGGAUCAAAUGCGAAUCUGGCUGUCUAUCGACCCCGAGAAGCAGAAGGAACUCGUCAACAGCGAGGAGAGUACCAUGUAUAGUCAAGCUAUACACUACGCCAACAGGAUGGUCUACCUGUUAGUGCCAUUGGAUAUCGGCUCAAAGACCCAUCGUCAGGAUAACGUUUUCGAUGAGGAACGUGCGAGUAAUAGUAUCACGAAUAGCGUGGCGAGCGAUAGCGGCGAUGCCGAGUCCGGAUUCGAGGAGACUGAUCCCGGCGAGACCGGUAGCGCCGUCAUUCGCAUGGUCUCGCGAUUUGUAGAUCGCGUUUGCACAGAGGGUGGCGUGAGCGCCGAGCAUGUAAGAUGUCUUCAUCAGAUGGUGCCAGGUGUAGUUCACAUGCACAUCGAGACGCUUGAAGCGGUCCACAGAGAGAGCAAGAGAUUACCGCCGAUACAAAAGCCGAAGAUCCUGACGCCCAAUAUGCUGCCGGGCGAAGAAGUGAUAAUGGACGGUUUGCGUGUUUAUCUUCUGCCAGACGGCCGAGAGGAGGGCUCCGCGGGUCUCCCGAAGAUUCCACCGCUCUUACCGGCCGAGGGAGCGAUCUUCUUGACGAAUUAUAGGAUCGUGUUCAAGGGCAUACCAUGCGAUCCAUUCGCUUGCGAGCAACUGGUCGUUCGAGCUUUCCCCGUGACGUCUUUGACCAAGGAGAAGCGCGUCGCUGUGCAGCAUUUGGCGCAUUUAGAUCAGUGCCUGCAGGAGGGCCUCCAGCUGCGCUCCUGUACGUUCCAACUGAUCAAAUUGGCCUUCGACGAGGAGGUCACACCGGAGAAUAUCGACACCUUGAGGAAGUUGGUGCACAAAGCGCGAUAUCCGCCGCAUAUCUUCCAUCACUUCGCGUUCAACGGCCACGUCCUAGUGACGCAAACGGCGCAUCACAAAGGUAAGGAGAAGAACGCCACGCUAAAAGGUUUCGCGAAGAAGACGCUGUUGAAGACCGCGAGGAAGGCCGGCUUCAAACCUAAGCAGUCAUCCAAAAGGCAGAAGUACGUGUUACCGAACAUGAAUCUCAUUAGCAACAAUAAAUAUAUGACAUCACCUGGUCGCAUGAGUCUGCCGAUGACCGACAAUAACGAUCUCAGUCAUGACGAUGAUCUCAGUAUAGACGACUUUGAGAUACCAGGCAUGAUGACGCAACCACCGACUGACGCGAAGACACUGGAACGUUUGUCCGAGCGCAGCUAUGUGCGAGACUGGUAUCGACUCGGGCUCUACACAAACGGGCUGCACAACAACCGUCGUAACGAGCCCUUCCGGUUGUCUUCGGUGAACUGCGCCUACAUGAUGUGUCGGAGUUAUCCCGCGCUAUUGAUCGUUCCUACUUCCGUGUCGGACGAGAGCAUCCGACGAUUCUGCAGGCUUUACCGCCAUAGCAGAGUGCCCGUCGUUACUUGGAGGCAUCCGCGAACAAAGGCACUGCUAAUCAGAGGCGCUGGCUAUCAUGGAAAAGGUGUGAUGGGUAUGCUGAAGGCUCAUCCGACUUCGAGCAGUAAUCUGAAGACCACGUCGUCGGAGACCACCUCCUCUUUGGAGCAGGAGAAAUACAUGAUGGCUCUCGUGGCAGCGACGCCGCUCUCCGUGUUGCGACAAGGUUCUGCCUGGGGCAUGUCUGACAGUUCUCUGAGUAUAGAUUCGUUGUUGCUGGCGGCCGAAGAUCGCAACGCCACUCCGGAGCAAUCGCGACGCAAUCCGUUCAACAAACCGCUUGGUACCCUCGGUUCGUCAGGCGGCAAAGGCCCCAAGAAUUUCGGCCGAUGGGGCUCCUUGAAGGACAAGAGACACAACUCGUCACAAGCCUCUUUGACUUCCGUUCAUCAGCGCGGUACCGUAAGACACUCCGCAGACUCGGACAGCGGCACGGAGUGUGUGCACACUUUUCAACGCGCUGCUCUUUACAUCUUGGGUGAGAAGGCACACAUGAAGGGUGUCAAAGCGGAAUCCACUCCCAAGACGGAUUUCAUUCCGGUAGAGUAUUACGACGUCAGGCACACCAAGGCCGCGUUCAAGAAGCUGAUGCGGGCAUGCGUACCAAGCUCACCGAAUGUGGAGCCUGAUCAGAGCUUUUACAGACUUAUCGAGAGCUCCGAGUGGCUACAGCAGCUGCAGAAUUUGAUGCAACUGGCGGGUGCAGUCAUAGAUCUGAUGGAUAUGCAAGGCUCCUCGGUGGCUGUUUGCUUGGAAGACGGUUGGGAUACCACGACCACCGUGUGCUCCGUAGCGCAAGUGUGUCUCGAUCCUCACUAUAGGACGAUCGACGGCUUUAGGACUUUAAUCGAGAAGGAGUGGCUUGGAUUUGGCCACCGGUUCGGCCACAGGAGCAAUCUGGCCGCGAAUUCACAGACCACAAACUUCACACCUACAUUCCUUCAGUUCCUGGACAUAGUCCAUCAGAUACAGAAGCAAUUCCCAUUGGCGUUCGAGUUUAAUGAAUACUAUCUGAAGUUUUUGGCUUAUCACUCGGUGUCCUGUCGCUUCCGCACCUUCUUGCUGGACUGCGAAUUUGACAGAGUGGAGUGCGGUAUCACUGCUAUCGAGGACAAAAGAGGUUCCUUGACGAGUCAUCAUAAGGGUGUGGACACUGGUAGUGACGACGAAACGAUCUAUCCUGGCGGUAGGCUGGCGGGAACCAACACCGGUUGCAAUCUCGGCCAGAGCAUCUUUGACUACAUUGAGAAGCAACACGCGCGAUGUCCGUUGUUCUAUAACUUCAUGUACACGCCUAACCUGGAGUAUCCCGUCUUGAGACCAGUCCGACAUCUUCCCAGUCUCGAUAUCUGGCAGUUCUACCUAGAAGAAGAACUAGCCCAUGGUCCGGCCUACGAUCUGGAAGUGUUGCAGCAGGAUUCCCAACAGGAAGAAGAGGCUGAGGCUGCAGACGGCGUGGUCAAGAGCAAUCGUAAAAUAGUUACUCAAGGAUACGACGGAGUAAGCACGAUGGUGCCCGAUCAGUUCUCGCAUCUCUUGGAAGAGAUUCACAAACUGGAAACUGAACUGGGUCAUUUGCCGCAGAAGUGGAAGGUGUUGUGGGACAAGCUGGAGUUGCCAAACACUGAUUCACUCGCUCGGCACGCGUCAUUCAGUACAGCGCUAGUACGGUAUCACGGUCGACUGACUCACAAACGUUCUACCCUGGAACUAUUGUUACGUGGCAAGCUCGCAGGCGGUAGCACCACCGGAAACGAAGGUUCCGUUUACGCACAUCCGCACAGAUUCGAAAGAUUGGACUCUGCGACUCCGACUCAUUGCGACGCGUGUUCUGGUGUGCUAUGGGGCCCUGUGAAGGCCGGAUUAAGAUGCAUCGACUGCGGCCACGUGUGCCACGACAAGUGCGCGGAUGCCGUGCCGAAGAAUUGCACGAAGUACAAGGCUGUGACGGAUAAUCUCCAAACUCACACACUCACGAGAAGUGGCGGAGACAACGGAAGCGUGAACUCAAGUGUAACGACUAUACAAACUUCUUCUCAACAAUACUACGAGCAAUUCUCAAGCAACGUGGCGGAAAACAGAACGCACGAGGGUUAUCUUUAUAAACGGGGCGCCCUGUUGAAGGGCUGGAAGCAAAGAUGGUUUGUACUAGAUUCCAUAAAGCAUCAAUUGAGAUAUUACGAUGCGGUGGAGGAUUCGCACUGUAAAGGAUACAUAGAUCUGGCCGAGGUGGUAUCCGUUAAUCCAGCUGCGCCGAUGCCUGGACCACCAAAGAAAACUGACGACAAAUCAUUCUUUGAUCUUCGUACAAGUAGACGGACGUACAAUUUCUGUGCUGCCGACGCGGUCACUGCACAGGAGUGGAUCGAAAAAGUUCAAGCGUGCUUACAAUAGUGUGUCACAGCUUGAUUAUAGUACUAAUUUAAAAUUCUGGAUGUGACUGAUAUAGAGAGUAAAAGAUUUUAAUUUUGUUACAUAAUAUUGUAUAGUCUAAUUGUAUGCGUCAUAGACUGCAUUAACAUCGCUUUAAGUAUUUAAAAAACGCAAACUCGUUGGACUGAAAAUAGUAUCAUAAAUUAAAUGUGAUACAACCAUAUCCUUAAUAUAGAAUUAGUAUGUGAAUAUAAUGUACAUUGUGAUUACGUCAUUAUGUUAAAUUUUUAUUCAGUUGGAAGAUGAGAGAUCAUUAUAUAUAGCGCCUUAAGAUUCUUUUUGUUUAAUGUUUUUUAAUGUUUAAAUUAUGAUGGAGUAUAAAGAGAGCAUGGUUAUUAUUUUUGCAUAUCCAUAUAUAUAAAUAUACAGGUAGUCUCAGGAUUAUACUUCAGUUUUUGUCGGCUAUAGAUUUUUUGGACAAUAUGUAAAUCGGUUUUUCCUUAACAAAGACAUGAAAAUUAAUGUAUUAUAAACGAUAAAAAUUAAGAAUAUUACACACUAGUGUUUAAGGACAUAAAUAAAUGUUAUUUGCUUCUAUUUCAAAUAGAUUUUACUUUAUUGGAGUUUUAAUUCAGAUUUUAGUUACUACUUGAUAUUUUAAGGGUUGUGAGUUAAAAAUAAUAUAUAAUUCAAUUUUUGCUAAGGAAAGAUCAAUUCCAAAUUUAUUAUAAGGAAUCUCUAAAUUAAUAGUGUGAUGAAAUUGGGACACUAUUAAAUAUUUAAUAGUUGCAUAUAAAAUGCUAUUAUAAUUAUAUAUAUAUAAUAUUACUAUUCGAUAUGAUGCGACCUUGUUUGUUAAAAGUGUUAAGAUCUAAACAAAUACGAGAAAGAUAAUAUCUCUCUAAGAUAUGUUAAAAAUAUCUCAUUAAUACUCCUGCCAUGCUGACAGAAAAAUUAAAUUGAUAAGAAUAUGAA